AUGCUCAAGGAUGUCGACUCGAUCCGCUCAAAUUCCGUGGCUGGGACGUGGUCCGGCAACUCGGAUGGCCCCGGAUUUGCCUCCUGUCCUCUUACGGAAGCCCUAGUACGGGUCCGGCGGAUUACCCGAAAGGAGCGACUCCUGUCAAGUUUGGGCCUCAGCAGCAAGUCUCUUACCGCGUCGCGUCAUUGUCCCGAUAAUCCCCAUCUAUUUUAUAAUCGUACCGAAUAUGACGAUGCCGUAUUUCGUCUCUCAACUGACCCCACUUUGAAGCUAUCCCUCAAUCGCGAGGCCCAAGACCACCUAUUUGAUGUGAACAAUGGUAACCCCGCGGCCAUCAAUGCCCUUUUUCGCUAUCUACAUGCGGUAUAUCGCUCGAAGACACUGCACAACCAAAUCAAAGAGGUGACAAAAGAACUGGUGGUCGACGCAAUCAGUAACGAGCAGGAAGACACCCUUCAAUACGGCCAUGUGCCGCGUGAUCUCCACAACCCUGCGAUUAAGAGAUGCUAUGAAGACGGCUGGAUACAUUCUGAGACUGCUGAGGGCUCGGAUGAGGGCAUUAUCUGCGUGCUUCCCUCCCGUAUCCACGAGAAAUACGUCGAAUUUUUCCUCGGGUCCACGGAUCCUAAGCCAUUUCCAAAGUCACUCUAUCCGACUCUGCUCGAAUUCUGCGAGGCUCUAGUACGGAUAUUUUCUCGGUAA